AUGUCACAUCUAUUUCAGGUGCUGGAGGAGGCUAAUAAGCCCUUCUUGGAGAGCUGCCGUCACGGUGAUUUGGCCCAAGUUAAGAAACACCAGGAGGCCAAGGCUCUAGACCGAGAGGUUCUGACCAUGGGCUUGAGGGAAGCUGCCCAGGGCGAUCACAUCGACACUAUGCGCCAUCUACUAAAUGCUGGCGCCAAACCCCAGUCUCCCAGCGUCGUGGAUGAAGUACACUCGGUCGAGGCAGUCAAGGCCUUGCUAGAACACGGUCUUACUUUUGAGACUCGGCUACACCCCCUUAAUACGGUGCCACUUGUACACCUUGUGAAGAGGAACGAUGUACGGCUCGUUCACUGGUGCCUUGAACAAGGUGCCGACCCCACCUUCGGCUGCCCGAAUGCCCAGUCAUUCAAUGACCUUGAAAAGCCUGAUCAGUCUCCUAAGAAGGGCUCAGGGGCAGUUCUUGGUAUGGCCUCCCGCCGAAGUAGCCCGGAGAUUGUUGACCUCCUUCUCGAUCAUGGUGCCAACAUCCACAGCAGUAAUGUGUUACAUUAUGCUACAUGUAGGAAGGAUGGACGAGCCUUACCAAUCAUGGACCACCUGCUACGGCGUGGGGCCGACGUGAAUGAAUUUGGCUAUCCUGCAUUCCUACAUUUCGGCGGCACUCCCCUUCAUGCGGCCAGCUACCAGGGAAAUCUUCCGGCCGUGAAGUGGCUCCUGGAGCAUGGUGCAGACCCCGGCGUGGAAGACGCCCAAGGUAGUAAGCCGCUUGAUCUAGCAGCUUUAGAGGAGGAAGACGAAAUAUGUGAUGUUCUCUAUGAAUGGACACGAUUGGACGACACUGGUAAGGCUGACUACCGGCGGUAGCUCAGGCUAGCCGAAAGCGAACAGCUCCAGGGCAUGACAGGGUCAGCCCCUAUUGUCUUAAGGUCUGUGAUGGACAAGGAACAAAGCAUUAAGAGCCCUUCCCGCUCAUGUGCGCAUUGCUGUAUUUUUUUUAUACAUCUCCAUCCUACGACUAUUCCAACCCUUCGGCAUCGAUAUUGGAACGUAGCGAUGGCACUUAUGUACCACAAUAUCACAAAUCACUCCGACUUUUCCAAUAGCUCGGCUUACUCUUCAUCGACUUGUCUGUAGGUACUUCCCGUGCUGCUGCAAAAGAUUAGCUAGCCUGAUCGGCCGGAACAUGGAUAUAUUUGCAACCGCUAGUACACUUUCG